GGAUACAACACCUGCAAAGGUCCGUAUCAUUUUUGAACAUAAUGAUAUUCGCAAACUGGUUCUGCCCUCGGGAAUCCCAAGAACACUUGAGGAACUUAUUUGUGAACUUCAAGAGGCAUUUCAUAUUCCAGGGGAGUUUACUGUGAUGUAUCAAGACAUGGAUUUUGAUGGCCAGUUUUGCACUUUGAGCUGCAUUGAAGAUGUAGAAGACAAGGGAACACUAAAGGUUUUACAAACUGAACCAAUUGUCCUUAAUCUCAGUCCUGUGGAAGUAUUGGAUAUUGACUCCUCAAUAGCAGAACAAUCUUCUGACAACUCCUCUCGCCACUCAUCUGGACCUCAGGACACCAUCCUGCUCUCUUCCUCUGGAACAUCUUACUGGUCCGAACUGUGGCCAGCUAAGUUUCAAGUGCCUACUUUUUGUUACGAUGUAGACGUUUUGCUGGAGGCAGGCAACCAGGCUUACCAAAAGGAUGGCACCCUGUUGAGCAAUCCAAGACUGAGAAGUAGCGUACUUGAGAAAUUAGCUGAGGAAAUAUUUCGCUAUACAGCAUACCCAACCGGUGUACAAGUUUUAGCUGUGAUAGAAGCCUUGUUAGAAAAGUACCCAUGCCUCAAAGAGCCAGGGUCUUUUAAUGGCAUGUAUGGUUGGCAGCAGAGGAUCAGAUAUAAAAUGGGCAAUUACCGGGCAAAAUUAAGAUGCCGUAAAUUUGUCUGCCCAGAGUUGGAGGUGAACUCGCGUAAAAGUCAGGCGUCAAAUGGCCCCAAAGGCAUCAAAAGGCCUAAGAAAGCUGAAGUGAACUACCUGCCACCACUGCCAUUUGGGGAGACAGGUGACACUUUAGAGAGGGAGAGAAUAGACUUACUGAAUGUAAUAAAGAAGAAAAACAAUGACAAGAUCAUUGGUGAAAAAAUGGAGAAGUCUUUCUCCUACCGAAGACUAGAAGUUGUCCAGCAUUGCCCUGCAGUCCACGACUUCAUGGAGAGAUGGCCCGCAAUGUUCUCCGAACUUCAGAUCAAAGAGGAGUUCCGAAGGAUUACAACAAUUCAUCUCGAGCGAACCUUUUUGACCAAACUGGACUUUUACACCCCAAAACUGCAGGAGAUACUUUGGACAAAAGGCGGAGUUGCAGGCACAAAAAUAAGACCCCUGCUGGAUUCACUCAGUCAGGAUGUGAGCAAAGAAAUCGUCAGAGAGGACUAUGCUGAGCACGUCAUGAAAAUAGUUGUCCUCCGUGGAAGUGCAGCACACGAAGGCCCUGCCGAUGUGUCCAUCAUCAUCGAGGGAAUCAUCAAUGCCUGGAAGAUUCUGAGUUUUACCAGACCACCCGACCCCCAGCCUGGGAUGUGGCUGUUUGAGGAGCCACUCUUUGACACUGGUUUUCUUUCUGGAACCCUUUUCUCUUCAGCCACCCUAAAGAACGCGUUCAUUGAAGCGGGAGUGGUAAAACUUGGCCCUUUGACAGGGAUCUCCACAGAAACACCGGCUGAGGUGACGGGCAUUCGAUCAACCCGAGUUCUGGAGAACUUGGUAGAUGAGGUGUGGCAGUCGCUGUCGCCAUCCCACCGGACUUUUGCUCUGGAUGCAGAUCUGGCUGACCAGUGGGGAAAGGGACAUGAGUAUGUCUUUCCUGCCUUGAGUGUGGGUCCUGCGGUGGGGGAAUGGAGAGAGGAGGAUGUGGAGGUGCAGCCUGUCAACACAGCCAUAAAGAGCGUGAAGCUCUCCCCUCUCGGCGUCAUCGAUAGGAAAGCCUGA